CAACGGUCGUGUUGCCGACUCUUACAGCAAAUCAUGGCAAUGACUUCAGAAGUCUCGUCUGUUUUGGCAACCUGUCAAGGUCUGCGCAAAUGCGAACAAUGCAUGCUUCUCUCUCAUCUCUCAGUCAGAUUGUACUUUGCUGACGAAUACUGGUAUGUUUGCUGGAGCCUAGUGUCCAGUUUUGUUGCUCUCGGGGACUUUUGAAUUGUGAUAUUUGUGCAGACACGUUGGCUGGAUACAGGAACUUAUGUGAGG